CUGCCCGUCAUGUCCAGUGAAGGCCCCCGAAAAAGAAUCCGAAAAGUUCACCUCCCUGCCGUCCUCCCGUGCCCCCACCCAGGGUGCACGGCAGGGCCUUUCCGCAACAAGACAGGACUUGGAUCGCACAUCACAGCUCGACAUCGAGUUGCCGUUCUUCCCCCAGACGAGCAGCGAUUACGGCUUACGACAUCAGAACAACCCCAGUUGUCCUCUUCGCCUCCUCCCCCGUCUUCUCCAUCACCUCCACCUCUAAAUCUCGAAGAAAGUGCCUCCGCUGGACCGUCGGGCGCGCCGCGUGGUCCUGAAGACAAUACCGGCAACAACGACGGAUGGAGACCUUUGAAGGAUGGCGGUAAAGUACGCUACCACCCCGUGUUGAAUGGCCGCCCUUGCGACAAGGACGGGAAUUUCCUCCCUCCCAAUGCGCCUCCGCCUGAGGACGACGCACCGCAGCCCGCUGACAACGACUGGUCCCCGUUCGACUCGCGUGAGAGCUUUCAGCUCGCCGACCUCCUGUACAGAAAAGGCCAGGUGUCAGCCCCAUUCAUCAACGAGCUCCUCGAUAUCUGGGCUUCGACUUUGUCCGACACCGACUACAUGGAGCCGCCAUUCGCAAACGCCAAGGACGUGUACGAGACGAUUGACGCCAUCCCGCACGGAUCUGUCCCCUGGGAAUCAUUCACCAUGACGUUCGACGGCCAACUCGACUCAGACGUCCCUCCCGAAUGGCAGACCAGCGAAUACGAGGUCUUUUUCCGCUGCCCUCGAAAGGUCCUUCACACGCAGCUGCAGAAUCCCGACUACGCAGACCAGAUGGACUUUGCGCCGAAGCGGCUGUAUAACGCACGGGAGAAGCGCGUCUUCUCUGACUACAUGUCAGGCAACCAUCCCUGGCGACAAGCUGACAAGGUUGCCGAAGAGGUCCCAGAAGCGGACGGAGCCGUUUACUGUCCUGCCAUCUUCGGGAGCGACAAGACAACGGUCUCUGUCGCAACUGGGCAGAAUGAGUUCUACCCUCUGUACAUGUCCAACGGGCUUGUGCACAACACCGUCCGACGAGGUCACCGUGGUGCAGUAACAUUGAUCGGGUUUUUGUCUAUUCCGAAAACCGACAAGGAGCACCAUGAUAGCGCAACAUUCAGAUCAUUUCGACGGCAACUUCUUCAUGCGUCGCUGCGGUUCAUCCUCCUUCGACUCAGGCCAGGAAUGAAGACACCGGAGAUCGUGCGCUAUGGCGAUGGACACUACCGCAAGACUAUCUAUGGGAUCGGGCCCUACAUUGCCGAUUACCCGGAGCAAGUCCUGCUGGCGUGUAUUGUACAGGGCUGGUGUCCCCGCUGUACAGCUCAUCCAGAUGAUUUGGACGGCGCGUCGACGCGUCGCAAGCACAGCCACACAGACGCCCUUCUCGAGGCGUUCGAUGCGAAGACGCUCUGGGACGAUUAUGGUGUGAUCCCUGAUUGCAAGCCUUUCACCUACGACUUCCCAUACGCCGACAUCCACGAGCUCCUGACCUCCGACCUCCUUCAUCAGUGCAUCAAGGGCACGUUCAAGGACCACCUUAUCACCUGGAUCUUCGACUACCUCGAGCUCAAGUACGGGAAGGCGGCUGCAGAGCGCAUCAUAGCCGAUAUCGAUCGCCGUAUAGCCGCUGUUCCAAGCUUUCCUGGCCUUCGGCGAUUCCCCCAAGGACGCGGCUUCAAGCAAUGGACGGGCGACGACUCAAAGGCCCUCAUGAAGGUCAUCCUUCCUGCCAUCGAAGGCUAUGUGCCGGCGCAAAUGGUCCGGGCGGUCAGUUCAUUCUUGGAAUUUUGCUAUCUCGUCCGUCGCAACACCAUUGACGAGGAUGCGAUCACGCAAAUCCAAGCCGCGCUCGAGCGCUUCCACCGCGAGCGAGUGGUCUUCGAGCUCGAAGGAGUGCGUCCUGAUGGCGGUUUCUCGAUUCCUCGGCAGCAUGCCCUCGUCCACUACGUCCACGUUAUCCAGGAGUUCGGCGCGCUCAAUGGUCUAUGCUCAUCUAUCACAGAGUCGGCGCAUAUUCGCGCCGUCAAGAAGCCAUGGCGUCGCAGCAACCGGUACAACGCGCUUCGUCAGAUGCUGGUCAUCAACGAGCGCAUCGACAAGCUUUCGGCGUGUCGCACCGACUUCGAAUCUCGACACAUGCUGUCCCCUCAACAACGGCCGAUUGCGUACGACCUCCCUUUGCCGGCUGCUACCGGAGAUGACGAAGACGACGCGGGCGCAUCUGAAAGCAGGAAAGUCAUGGGCGAGGUCAUUUUGGCAAAGACACGAGUUCGAAAUCUCGGUCCGCGCAACGUUGAUGCCCUAUCUGAUCGCCUUAACCUCCCUUCCCUCCGCCUACUCAUUCAACGCUUCCUGUACGAGCAGGCUCAUCCCCAAAGCGACAUUCCUUCGAUCGACAUCCCUCCCUCCGAAUACCCCUCCUUUGACGGCAACCUACACGUUGUUGGCUCAGCAAUAGCCACGUUCUACGCGCCUAGCGACCAAUGCGGUGCGGGUGGGAUGCACCGGGAGCGCAUACGCUCGGUACCAUCCUGGAGAGGCGGCGCCCCGCGACGCGAUUGCGUAUUUGUGACCCAAAACGAGGACGAACCAGGCUUCCGCGGGCUUCACGCUGCUCGCGUGAUGCUCUUCUUCUCCUUCCGUCACGAGGGCGUCGAGUAUCCGUGCGCGCUUGUUGCGUGGUAUUCUGCGAUCGGGGAUGCCCCGUAUCCGGAUACAGGUCUCUGGAUGGUCGAACCUGACAUCGACGAGACCGGCGAGCGCAUCAUGGAUGUCAUCCAUGUCGAUGCUAUCCUUCGAGGGGCCCAUCUCAUUGGUGCUGCCGGUGGCCAGGAGAUACCCCUUCGCUUCUCACAUUUGAACUCAUUGGACUGCUUUAAAGCAUUUUUUGUCAAUAAAUAUGCGGACCAUCACGCCUUCGAGAUAGCCUAUUAGUCACAGUAGCCCAUAUACACUGCUGAAUCACUUGUCUAUAAUGAUUUCGAGAGGACGUACACAGGAUGUGACUACUUUG